GACUGGGCUCGUUUUCAUCAAAGCAUUUAGUCGUUUAGCGGCACUUGGAGACAUUGGUUGGAUAUACGGAAAGCUAUUUUGUGUCAUUAUGGAUCGUGCCAGCUUAUUUAUCGGCGAUAACCAGGAGAGCACGUUUAGCUUUGAUGAAACGCUGCCGGCGCUGCCGCUGCCAGAGCUGAAGGAUACGCUGAAGCGUUACUAUGCUGGCCUGGUGCCCUUUGGAACGCCCGAGGAGCUGGCCAAGACGAGGCGUAUCAUUGCGGAGUUCGAGUCGGGCAUCGGAGCCGAGCUGCAGGCCAAGCUGAAGGAGCGUGCGGCCAGCAUGAAGAAUUGGCUGGGCAGCUGGUGGGAGGACUAUGCAUAUCACACGCUGCGUCUGCCAUUGUUGCCCUAUCAAAUAAUGUCUAUGCCCUGUCAGCUGACCCAUGUGGGCGUGCCCGAGCGGCCGGACUAUAUGCUCAAGAGUCUCGCUCGUCAGAUCUAUCACACGCUGGAGUUCUGGAAUCUGGUGCGCAAUGAGAAUAUAAAGCCUCUCUCGUCGAAUGGCGGUCGGGUGAAGUACUCAUCGGCCUUGUAUAAGCAAUUCUAUUCGACGUCGCGUGUGCCGGGCGAGGAGCAGGAUCACAUUGAGAAGCACUUUCUGACCAAGUCCGAGGGACGCACACCCACGCACCUGACCAUCACCGGCAAGGGUCGCCAGUUCAUUUUCAAUUGUGUGCACGAGGACGAUUCCAUACUGACGGCGCCUGAGAUCUUGGUUGCUCUGCAGCGACUACGCAGCAUCCUGGACUAUGAGCCCGAUGGUGAUGGCGUGCCAGCGCUCACGCAUGACAAUCGUACCAGCUGGGCCAAGAACCGCAAGCACCUGAUGAACCUAUCGGAAGCGAACAAGGAGAACCUGAAGCUGGUGGAGAGCUCCUGCAUCGACAUCUGCUUCGAUGAGCAUCAGCCGCAGAGCACCGAGGAAUCGUCACAGCUGUGCAUCUACGGCGACUAUCAUUCGCGCUGGGGAGAUCGCAGCAGCUGCAUCAUCGCCUUCAAGAAUGGACACUAUGUGUUUGCGGGCGAGCACAGCUGCUACGAUGGAACGCUCAGCGCUAGCUUUGCCACAUUUAUACAGCUCAGUUUUCUGGAGGUGCCCGAGCCGGACUGGAAUGAGGUCAAUGGCUCGAACGUGGUGGAGCUACAGGAGCUCAAGUUCGAUUUGGAUGACACACUCAGAUCGGAGAUUAAGCGCGUGCUCCACGAGAUCGAGGAACGGGGCAUCGAUGUCACCGUUACCUUCGAGGUGUUUGACGAUUAUGGCAAGGAAUUUAUGAAGACUCAGAAGCUGCACCCCGAUUCCUUUGUGCAGGUGCUCAUGCAGUGGGCGUACUACCAGAUGCAUCAGGAGAUUGCGCCCACUUAUGAGACGGCGCUAAUGCGACACUUUUAUAACGGACGCACCGAGACUCUUCGCUCCUGCACCACUGCUGUAUACGAAUUCCUGCUGGCGUCCAGCAACAAAAGUACCACGGAUGAGCAGCUGGUGAAAGCUUUUCGCGCCGCUGUCAGUGAUCACCGAUAUCAAAUGGACGAGGCCCGCAGGGGUCAUGGCAUAGACAGGCAUCUCUUUGGACUGUGGUGCGUUGCGUAUGAGAAAAACAUGGACAUACCCGCUCUGUAUGAUGAUCCACUGUACGCCAAGGCCGGCGGCGGUGGCAACUUCGUCCUCUCGUCCAGCACGCUGGGCUUCACGCCCAAUGUGGGCUUUGUGGCGCCCAUGACACUGGAUGGCUACGGUGUCUUCUAUGCAAUUACCUCAGAUGCCAUCUACAUAAACUCGACGGCCUACAGGGACAGCAUCAAGAGCAGCGCCCGCAAAUUCAAUGCCAUCUUCAUUGAAUCGUUCCGUCGCAUUCGCCAGCUGCUGGAGCAGCAGCAAAAUGACUCGAAAUUGUAAACUGCCAAGCUCUAACAUAUAUACAAGAGUCAGCUUUCCAUAUAUCGCCACAGUCUCAAGUUCUUACAGCAGUGUGCAUUCCAUGUGGAAUUAAAUCAGAGAUGCCUUGCCAGGUCGAACAUAUCAGGAAAGAGAAGACAUAGUAAUUCUUAAUAAGCCAUUCCAAUCCAAAUCAAUCACAGGCUAUAUGUAUAUUUAUAAGAAUAUGUAUACUAAGUUCUGCAAGUACUUGUUGUCCAGCUAUGUUAGCUAUUGUAGCCUUGACCAUCGGCUGCAGCGAUAUAUAGAAUUCAGACACUCAUUGAACUGUUAAUUUCGUGACAGCUCCUGACAAUCAAUUAAAAACUUCAUUUCGAAAAUGACAACAUUUUCAAAUUGAUGUCUAAAUAAUUAAAUGUAAAUGCAGAAAUUCAUAAACAAAAUUAAUUCAGUCUUCUGAGAGUUAGUUUCAAAUAGAUGCGAUUAAAAAUUUUGUAAUUUGAUGGCAUAAUAUUUGAAGUGAAGUCCAAAAACUUUCGAAACACUCAAAGCUACUUCUAACACAUUCAAAUAUUCCAUCCCAUCUAUCCACAAU